AUGUUAAUAAGUACCUCCUUACACCACUUGACUAAGGAUAGGGAAUAGAGGGAUUAUCAUUAAAAUCUACAAAAAAGGUACAUCAGGAAUAUAUUUGAAUGUAGAACAAAUUAAGAGUUGAUGGGAGGAUAAACCAAUCCAUAAAAUUGUUAAUUGAAACCUUCUUUUUAUCAAGUGUUCCCUCAUUAACCAAAUGACUUGCAAAGUAACGAUGAAAUGAAGGUGCCCACUCUUACCAAUGUUGCUUCCUAUAAGAACAAUGAUUAACAGAUCAAUAUAGAAGGAUCAAAGAAGGUUAUGUCUGUUCAAGAAGAUAAUUCAUUGCUAUCCCCUUCUGUAAUAAUAAUGAUGAAAUCUCAUUUGUUGUCAGAGACGAAGAAACCAAGUUAUGACAAUGGAAGGUUGAGAGUGAUCUUAACCCAAAUUAAGCAGCGAUUGUUAAAUUCAAUUCAUUUUUCAAAAUACAAUGAUCCUCUUGUAACUCAUGAAUUUAAGGAAGGUACUAAAAAUAGAAUAAUUAAAUUAGUGUCUCCGUUUUACUAUUAUUAUUUCACCUUGUUCAUGUUUAUGACUACAUUUAUCUCCAACUUCUUUGCAAUUACUCUCAUACCAUUGCACAAGGUGUUUCAUCUUUAGGGAUCGGUUUCUCAGAUAUUCUAUUAUUUCAAGAUUUUUGCAAUUUUAUUAGACUUAUAUUUUUAAAGAGGCCCUUACAAAUUAUUUAGAGGAAAAAUUACUUAAAAUUAUAAGAAUUAAAAUAAAGUGUUUUUGGAUUUAUUUAGGCUAAUUAUAUUAUUAAUUAAUUAUAAUUUAAAUUUGGAGAGUCGACUUUUAACUAUUUUAUUGAUAGUGAUCUUGAUCCUGGUGGAAAUGAUCCGAAUAGCAGAACCAUUUGAGAAUUUAUACAUAUCAACCCAAUACAUAGUGAUGAUAAUAUAAUUGUGGGCCUCCAUAAUUGUGAGUCUGACUUGCGCAUUGAAGAGUAUUAAUAUCAUUUAAAUAAGAGUAUUUGACCAUGACGAUGAUCAAUCCUUGUCCUUAUAUAUAAGUUACUCAAUUUCCCUCUUAACCCAUAAUGGAAACAUUUGUAAAUAUACAAACUAAUUUAGCAUUAACUUUGAAUGAGGAUAAUCACAUAGUAGUUUCAGUGUUUUCGUUGAUAUGCUACUUUUGUUAUGUUUAUACAUUAGUUCUAUUAUGGAUUUGGAUAAAACCCAAUAUAGAGAUCCAAGAAGAGAAGCAAAAGUUGCUUAAGGGAUUUAUUGAACAUUUCUAGGAGAAGUGCAAGGAUUAAGAUUUGUUGAGAAGAUGUUACUCUUACUUAGAUUAUAGGAUUGAUGUAAGAUUUAAAUGAAGAAUAGAUAGGAAGAUUUAGGUAGAGCGAAGGAGUAAUUAAUGAAAAAGCUGAGUCCUCCUUUGUAGGAUGAGAUUGAUCUGGCAUUAAGAACCAAGAUGAUAGAAAGGAUAGAAUUAAUGAACAAGUUUUCUCCUCAGUUCAAAUAACAAUUAUUGUACAUGAUUGAGUAGGUGACAUUCAAUCCAGAAGACAAUGUUUUAAUAGUAGGAUAUAUUGAAAUAUAAUUAGGAACAUUAGGCUGAGGAUUUGAGUUUGUAUUAUAUUUUGAAAGGAGAAGUAAAGGUGUAAUUUCAAGGUUCUUCUUUAGCAAAUAAUAAAAGAUCUGUGACAAAACUUGUAGAGGGCUAGGCAUUUGGAUAGCAUUCGUUUAUUUCUGGAAUACCUUCUAAUAUCAGUAUUUUUAGUUGUGGAGUUACAACUCUGUUGAAAUUGAAGAGGUCGGAUUUUAUUGAGAUAUUAUCGCAUUAUCCAAAAGAUAAUGAGAGAUUCAGUAUGAUGAGAGAUAAUUCCCUCUAUAAUCAAUCCUUAUUCGAUUGUUAUUACUGCAGAAUUCAAGGCGAAUACAUUGUAGAAUGCAGACAUUUACAAUAUUUCCCUUAAAGACAAAAUGUGCUUGAGAGAUAUUUAUACAGUCGCAAAUAACAUCGUAAACCUAUAGUAAGAAAACAAAAAAGAUAUUUGACUUUAAGAAAUCUUAAUCGUAAUUAAGAGAGAUUGAGAUCUAUAAUUAACCACAAGCAAAGCCAAGAGGCCAUUUCCGAAGAGUUCCCAGAUUUUUCCUAACUUCCUUAUUCUGAGAGUAUAAUACAUACUUUUAUCUUAUAGAUCAAAUAAACUCAGCUAGUCAAUUGAGUAAUUCUAAUCCAUUCCAAAAGGCCAGUUAAGACAACUACAUAUCAGGUAGUAAUUUUAAUGGGGAUAGCAUUGAACAAUAGAAUAAUGAGGAAGAAGAGGCUGAUGAGGUGGGAAUAAUAAUCCCCAAAGUUUAAGCAAGGAGAAAGAGGGAAAACUCUCAUAAGACCAGUCAUAGAACUGCUGGUUUUAUGGGUAAUUUUGGGAAUGGCUCGGUGUUAGAUAAAGAUGAAAGAGAGAUCCUCCUUCAGUUACAAGAUGCAUCAAAUAAGGAUGCCAAGCAAUUUGUGCUUAAUUAAGCAAAUCGGAAUUCUCCGAACAUGCUCACCUUUCAAUAUUAGAAAGAUACAAGUCCUCAGAUUCAAUCAGAUUACUUAUUUUUGGAAUUAAAUUAAUAAUAGCAAGUUCAGGAACAUAAUUAAAAGGGUACUUUGGGACAAUUGACCAAUAGAUCCAGAACUUGCACGAAUUCAUUUUCGAGGGAUAUUUCAAACAAUCAAUCUUCAAAUUCAAGAUAAAAUAGGUCUCUGAAACAAUCAGGAUAAACAAGGGAUAAGGUUAGGAAAACAAAUAGUAUCAAUACACUUUCUGAUGACAACAAAUUGAGAUAAAAAAGUGGAACGAAAUAGAGCAAUCUUGGUUAGCAAUCUGUAUUUUAGGCCUUAGCAACUCCUGAGGUAUAUAUUUUAUUAUUGAAAUGUUAGAAUUAAGAGUUGAUUUUGAAUAAUGUGAUUUUUAACAAGUUCGAACGCAUGAUGAAAUUCAAGAUCUAUUAUCCUCACAAUAAUUUCGAUUGUGUUAUUGAAAGAUAUAAGAAUUAAUUUGAGAUGAGUAAUUUCAAAAUUAAAAAAUUUAAUUAUUGUGGGUACUCUUUAAAAUGCUUUGUUGCGUCUAAAAUCAAAAGAAUACAAAAAUUAAUUAGACGUUAGUGA